AUGCCGGCAUCUAGCUUGCGAGGACGUAGAGAAUUCCGCGUAGACCGGGAACAAGAUGGUCUGGAGCCGCUGGUCUACUCUACGAUUGACCAGAUGCAUGAUGAUUACCGCAGCGAUGUGUUGACCCCUCAGCUUCUCAAACCAGCUGUCGCUAAGGGAUUAAAUGCUCUAUUGGCCCCAAUCCGAGAAGCAUACCUGGCUUCUAAAGAAUGGCAGGAGAUCGCCCUGCAAGCAUACCCGCCUUCAACAAAAAAGGAAAAAAGGGUCAAGGACUGA